CGGCUGUCGAGUCUGUGCUUCCCCCUCUUCUCUCUCCGUCAUAGACAAGUCAAGAAACGCUCGUUCUCCGGCGAUUCUCAGCUCCAGAUCUGAGCUAUUAUCACUCUGAUGCCUUACACGGGUCCCGAUCAAAUCUCACGGCGGCCGAUCUCCGGGAGGAAGAGGCCGAUCGAGGCGGUCCCCCAUGCCAGAAAGCUCCGAUCCAAGAUUUCUCGCCGCCGGCGAAUUCCUCUACUCCCGAUCGUCGACGGCUCCUUGAAUGCGCCGUUUAAUGCCGAGGACGAGGCGGAGUCCUCAUCUUCCUGCCUCCAGAGCGAUAUCUCGAGCGAGUCCAGCUUGGUCUUCGGUGGAUCCGGGGCUCUGAAGCGGCCGAGAUCUCCUCGCCGGAGAGUCGGGAACUCGGGUGCGAUCGCGAUCGGUGGAAGUCCUCCUGACAACGAGUACCGGUGUAUUACCAAAACGUACGCCCGGCGCAGGGAGAGGCUCCGAUCGGCCGAAAGCAAGGAGGACGGGGCCCGAGGAGUCGGCCCUGCGUCUGUGAAAAGGUCGAAGAUGGAAGAGAAUACCAGCAACGCCGCCUUGGAGACCUCCGUCUCCGAGGUUUCCGAAGUCAUCGGAAGAUUUCCGGAUGGAAAUCUAAAACACAGAGCCAUAGCGAGGAAGCCGCCGGAGAAUCAUCCAGAGAUCUCCGAGUUCUCCUGUCUGGAAUCCGUCUCAGACGCGAUCCCCGCCAAAAUCGCCAAAUCUGCGGGGGAGGAGGGCGGAAGGUCCCAGAUCUCCCAGAAUUUCGCGUCGCAAGGCGAAAAGCCAAGCGAUCGGGAUCUCGAUUCCGAUCUGGCUUGCUCCGAGGAGUUCUGUAGCGCGGAUGGCGGGAGCUCAGAGUACUCGACGUGCAACGAGUUGACGCUAUCGGAGCUGGAGGCCGAGUUCUUCCCCCGAAGCUCCGAUGGCGACUCCUCAGAGUACUCCCUCUCCGUUCUUGCGGACUCUUCUUCCGACGAGUUCUCCGAGAAAUCGUGCGAGAACUCCGCCCCCUCCGCCACCUUCUCUCUCUUCCUCCAGUUCGCACAGCAGUUCUCCCGAUCGAGCUUGAGCGCGGACUCCAAUUCCUCGUCCGGAAUUCCGGAGGAUUCUCCACAGGAAUUUACCCUAAUGAUGUUUGAGGCGGAGGAGGACGAGGAGAGCUACAAGAGAUUCCGGAGCAGGGAGAGGAAUGAGGCGGUGCUCCGAGACUACGUCGAGGAAUACAGCUCGUCGACGGAUUACGGCGAUCUAAUCCUGGGGCAACGGCUUCAGAUGGUUAACUGGAUAAUGGAGCAUGCCAAUGCGAUGGAGCUCCAGAGCGAGACGCUGUUCCUGGGGGUGAGCCUGAUGGACAGAUUCCUUACCAGAGGAUACUUCAAGAACGAGAGAAAUCUCCAGUUGUUGGGCAUAGCAUGCAUCACCCUCGCUACCAGAAUCGAGGAGAACCAGCCCUACAACAGCAUUCGUCAGAGAUGCUUCAUGGUGGGGAACAAUGUCUACAGCAGGAGCGAAGUAGUAGCCAUGGAAUGGUUUGUGCAAGAGGUUCUUAAGUUUAAAUGCUUCCUCCCCACGAUCCACCACUUCCUCUGGUUUUAUCUCAAGGCAGCAGGAGUAGACAGCAAUGUAGAGAAUCUAUCAAGGCAUCUAGCUCUCCUAUCCCUCCUGAACCAUGAAAGGCUCUGCUUCAAGCCCUCCACAGUAGCUGCCGGUGUAGUCAUCCUUGCUUGCCUCGCCACCAACCAUGAGUCCUCGUGCCUUGCAGUCAUGGAGACGCAUGUGAGAACUAAAAAUGAUGAUCUACCAGAAUGCAUUCAGAGCCUUGAGUGGUUGGUCAAGUACGUGUGCUAGCACUCAGAUCUUCCAGGUGAUCAUGGACUUCUCUCAGUUCAUGUCAGUUCUUUUCGAUAUUGUUUCAGAUUACAGAUUGAUAAUGGGCAUCAGAUAUAAAGGUAUUAAAUAAUAGACAAGAAGCAUUUCAUUCCAGUACCAUUCCAUUUCAUUUUGUUCCAAAUUGGAACCAUAAAUGCGCACAGACCUCCCUAAAACAAUUCACAAAUAUUUCUCAUUUGUACUUGCUGUGGCG